AUGGCAUCAGAACCGCACCCGGCAUUCUAUCAUUCAAAAAAACACGUUUGGGAUUUCCCCAUCACUACUCCGCCCUUCAGCGAGGAAGCCAAAUGGCGACUUCAGAUAAAAACAUUCUGCUUCGGUAGCUUUGACCAGCUGUGGAAAUUGUGGUACGCGUUUUUCUUAUUUAGCUCUACCUGCUGCCUUGUCUGGUUGGGUAUACGCCGCUACGUUGAAUUCAAAGCUCAGGCAUAUAAUCCACGCUUUGGUGAAGGGUGGAAUUACGAAUUCCCGUUGAAUUUUCAAAUUGUCUGUCUGGUACUUGUCGUUGGUCUGUUCCCGCUUCUCAUCUACGCAGCCUUUGCUCGAGUGGGCCAUGCUGCUAAUGACUGCAUUACACUGGGGAAGGACUGUGUGCACCUUCAUACGCUUCUAGCUCAGUCGCCGGUCCUGCGUUUCUCGCCGAACGACAUUGAGCCGAGCAGCAACGGCGCGACCUCCAGCAGUGCAGAGAGACUGCGUUCACAACUUCCAUCUGUCUCGCUUACUGAGUUAGACUUUGAGUCUUUUAUUAUCAGUGAUACUGAGGAGGGCUGUUGUGCAUUCCUUAGACGACAACUACGACCUUUUGCUGGACUUAUUCACGUAAUUAUCGCCUUUGCACUGUUCGUUCCAAUCGCUGUUCUCCAAGCUGAGCAAAUCAAGAAUGAAGCCAUCGAUCCCAGUACGUUGCUGUAUGACCACUACUUAAUAUAUUACAUGCUAAAGGUGCAACACGAAACUGUCCAACACGUAGUAGCCGAAUAUUAA